GAGCUAUGCCAUUUAUUAUUGGACUACGUAUUAGUACCAAGACCCCUCAAUAAAUCAUUAUGAAAUCCUUCAUCGCCUUCGCCUGCUUCUUCGCCAGCAUUAGUGCUGUGCCCUACGACACACAGAUUGCUAGUAACGAUAAUAACGAACGUUUCAUCACUGGUCCGAUCAGCAACGGUAUUAAUGAGUUAAGCCAAUCCAUCAAGGAUGCAGGUCUUGACCCUCUGUACAUCAAGAGGGAAGACUCCCGGUUCACUCUGCCAGUGGCCGCGAUCUUCAACUAUGCAGCUUUCAUUGAAGAGGUUUUGAGUACUGGUCUCAGCAACAUCAAGGUCAAUAAUUUGUACUUCAGCUACAUCACAUCUCGCCUCUACUUCGACUUUGAACUGCCCCGUGUUGAGUUAUCUCUUGGCGCUGCUGCCGCCAGAGCUAUUGUUUUCAGCAAGGAAUUGGAAGCCCAGGUUUCUGGAAAGCUAGUAAUCGAAAGAGUUCGUCUUGUUGGUAAAGGCCGCGUCACCGUCGGUAUCAUCUCAGGCACCACAGUUCACGAUGGUGAUGUGGAAUUCACUCUUGGUGGUGUUCAGUCUGACAUCCGCCUAGCCAUCCAAGGUCGAGACUUCUCCAGGGAGAUUAACGAGUUCUUCAGCUCCACUAUUCCUGAGGUUCUUGAAUCUCACUCGGAAGAGAUCAACGAGCUGCUUGAGAUCGUCCUGUUGGAGCACGUCAGGAACCAAUUGUAAUUGUAGACUCCAGUAGUCACUCAACAGAUCAACAGAUAACACUAGUCGACCAUUUGGCUUCUUUUGAAUAAAGUAUAACUUCUAGCAGA